UCAACCAGCUCCGAUUCUUACAGCUCUCGGCUCCGUUUCGCUGAGCUUGCGCUACGGUUGCGAUCUCGGUCUCCAGAGCUCGGGAGAGCUAAAGCUCUCUCCGAGAGUGUGCACACAACAUGUACGAAGUUCGGCAAACAGAUCCAGCGCAGGCAGCUAGAUCUUCCUGAAUAUGCCGCCAGCUUUGUUAACUACAAGGCGCUGAAGAAGCUGAUCAAGCAACUCAGUGCUACCCCGACUAUCCCGGCACAGAGAACAGCUGAGGAAAUUGCUAGAGCUAAUGCCGACCCCCAAGGCGCGUUGCGCGCGAAUAAGGAGGUUUUCUUCUUCCGUUUGGAACGAGAGAUUGAGAAGGUCAACACUUUCUACCUCCAGAAAGAAUCAGAGUUUUCUCUGCGCCUACGGACGUUGGUCGACAAGAAGCGGGUCACUCAAUCCCGGGCGAUCUCGAAUUCUAAAGCUCCGUCGAAUUUCGCGGCUAUGUUUGAAGGCUUCCAGCAAUUCGAUGGCGACCUGAAUAAAUUGCAGCAGUUCGUUGAGAUCAACGAGACGGCCAUGUCUAAAAUCCUCAAGAAGUGGGACAAAACCUCCAAGUCUCGUAUGAAGGAGCUGUAUCUGCAUCGGGCUGUUGAAGUGCAACCAUGCUUCAAUCGUGAAGUUCUUCGAGACCUCGCUGACAGAGCUACUACCGCGCGACUGGAAUUGGAGGCUUGGGCCGAGGGUGAGAACAUUCAAUAUGACGCAUCACGUCCAUUGGACCGCGCCGCACCCUUGGGGUCGGAAGAGGAUGAAAUGGACAACCAGGUCUUGCAGUCUGCCUCCGCCGGGAAUCUGCAAAACCUACGUGAAUGGCUGGCCAGGUUGCAGCAGUUGCCGGACGCCCGUGAGCGCGCCACCCGUACAUUCCUGACCGCCAUCAACGGGUUCUCGGAUGAUGUGCUCGCUCUGCUACUGGAGAGUCAACUGGUUGACAUACACGCCGAGGACGACAUCAACGAACGAAACUGCCUUCACGAAGCCGCCAUCUCGGGCCGAUUAUUUGUCUUCCACGCCGGUCUCCGGGCAGGCGUUGAUUUCGCUCGCGCCGAUGUCUAUGGUCGAAUCCCUCUCCACUACGCAUGCAUGCACGGCCGCGUGGAUAUGGUGCGACAUCUUCUCGCAGCCGGUCCCCAAACCGUCGACAUCAUGGACCAUGACAACUUCACCCCUCUAAUCCACAGCAUUGUAAAGGGCCAGCUGGAAUGCGCCGAGCAGGUUCUGCUUAGCAAUGCCCGCGUCGACCCGGAGCCCGAGUCGCCUCUCCUGACCGGAAUGGAUAAUCGUCCUUUGAAGGGUCCGGAUCAUAUUCCUUUGAAUCUCGCCUGCCAACACGGCUCUCUGCCUAUCGCGAAGAUGCUUCUUGAGCGAAAUGCGCAGUUGCUGCCGGAUGCAGAGGGUCUCUACCCGCAGCAUAUGGUUGCACGUGCCUCACAAUCGCCAGACCUACUACUACUGCUAAAGGAGCACGGUGCUGAUCUCGACCAGAAAGACAAGCUUUAUCAGUGGACUCCGCUGUUCCACGCAGCUAGCGAAGGCUGCGUCCCCUGCCUACGCACCCUCCUCGAGUGCGGGGUUGAUGCCCAGGUUGUAGAUGAAAAGGGCCUCUCGUCUAUGUACUAUGCUGCCUGGGAAGGACAUCUAGAGUGCAUGCUCCUUCUCUGGGCCCAGCCCUCCAAGAAAAAACCCGCGCUGGGACCUCUUGAUAUUCUCAAUGGCGUGCGGAUGCAUGAACCCGGUCUGGGCGACCCGCUGUCUGUGACUGCGAGCGUCUCUGAAUUGGACAUGACAGAUGGUAUCCCGGACCUUGAAUUGCCUCCCCCAUUAUCCCUCUCCGCCGCUAUGGUCACAACUUCCUCGACAAGAAAGUAUUUGUGCAACUUUUGUUCGAUCAAGGAAACGUCGGGUCUGUCAUCUUUGAUCAGGCGGGCCGUCAUCCUGCCGCUCCUGUCAGAUCUCAUCCCUCGUACCAUCAUGCUACCCAUCCAGGAAGAGACACGCACAAUAUCGUUCCACGUGGAUAACCUAGACACCUUUGCCGUGGACUUCGAGAUCUUCCCUACCUUCGGUUCAAAGGUGAUUGCAAAGAGUGUCGCCCUGCCAGACAUCUUCCGCGCCGAGUCGUCCAGCACUGGCUCAUGCUGUCUGCCUCUAUUCGACCCCCGGCUGCGUACAAUCGGCCAGCUGCGCUUCAAGUUCCAAGUGAUCAAGCCAUACCCCGGCGAUCCCCUGGAGAUCACCCACUUUGCUACAUACUGGAAGGCCACCAGUGCUCUUGACUCAGACCACAACGGACUGGUGACUGGUUCUAGUUUGUCGGGAGAUUACGUCCAGCUCUUCGUACAACUGACCCGGGACCACGUGGCAGUCCUUUACCCGCAAUUUACAAUCAACCACCAUGGAAUCGACAUUCCAAUCUCUCAUUUGACGUUUGCCCAGUUCCAGACCAUUGGCGGAGAGCGCGGUUUCAACCCUAGCGAGAUCCUCGAGUUCUUGAAAGAAUCAGCGACGGUUGACAUAGCGCAGACCCAUCGACUCUUGGCGACGUCGUUCUUAUCGUUACGCGAUGUCUUGCGCUACAUCCCUAUUGACUUGAAUGUUAACAUCUCCCUCAUUUACCCAUCCGCCGCGGAGGAGAAGAAGCUCGACCUGACUUCUUUGGCGGACGUCAACAGCUUUGCCGAUGCUAUCCUGACUGAUGUCUUCGACCACGCCCGUGUGGCCCGUGAAAAGAAUCCUGAGUUCAUGCGUUCCGUGGUAUUCACCUCAUACAACCCGAACAUUUGCAGUGCUCUUAACUGGAAACAACCCAACUAUCCCGUCCUUCUCUGCAACGAUCUCGGUCAAAUCCGGGACCUGGCUGGGAACGUCAACUCGAUGCCCCUUGUCAACAGCAGUGGACGAGCCUCGAUGUCGAUUAAGGAGUCUGCUCGUAUUGCCCAGAGCAACAACUUCAUGGGCCUGAUCUGCAGAUCAAGCCUUUUGAAUGUCGUCCCCGCGCUCGUCGAGACCAUCAAGGAGCUCGGCCUUGUGCUUGUGGCUGAUACCUCUGACGAGGUCACUUCGAAUCGAUUCGAGGAACUACCCGCUCCCGAUACUAUGGGCGUUGCCGAAUGGGCAUACCGUAUGCCCGACGGUGUCAACGGUGUGAUGAGAGGCAACGGCAUUUUGAGAUUUAACGAUAUGAUCGAUAUGUGA